UUUUCAUCUCAACUAAUUAAGAAGUAACAACAGACAGUUAAGGAAGUGUCCCUUCUCCAAAAAAAACAAAAAGCACCCAACUCUUAGUUAUUAAAAGAGGAAAUACAUAUAGUCUGCGUUAACUACUAAUCAAAGAAGAUGACUGGAAAUUUGGCUCACCUUACUCUUGCAUUUGGUCUUCUUGGCAAUGUGGUUUCAUUUAUGGUAUUCCUUGCACCAAUACCGACAUUCUACAAGGUCUAUAAAAAGAAAUCAACAGAAGGGUUUCAGUCUGUACCUUAUGUGGUGGGCUUAUUUAGUGCCAUGCUUUGGAUAUAUUAUGCUUUGCUAAAGACCAAUGUCAUGCUUCUCAUUACCAUUAACUCAGUUGGUUGCUUCAUUGAGACCUUGUACAUAUGUUUCUUUCUCUUCUAUGCACCAAAGAAGGCAAGAAUGGAGAGUUUGAAGCUGAUCGUAUUACUGAUAGUUAUCGGGUUUGGAUUGAUUGUCGCCCUCACUCAAUUCCUUGCGAGUGGAGUUACCCGUGGAGUGAUUGUUGGAUGGAUAUGUCUUGUGUUUUCACUAUGUGUUUUUGUGGCACCUUUGGGUGUGGUGAGGCAAGUGAUCAAAACAAAAAGUGUGGAGUAUAUGCCAAUUCUACUAUCUGUGGCACUCACCCUCAGUGCGGUUAUGUGGUUCUUUUAUGGUCUACUCCUUGGUGACUUCAAUAUCGCGAUUCCAAAUGUACUUGGAUUCAUCUUUGGAGUUCUUCAAAUGAUACUAUACUACAUGUACAAGAACAAGAAGCCGGUUGCGGAUGAAAAGAUUACUACUUCUGAAGCUAAAAACAGUGAAAUGGGGCAAAAGAUCCCAGAAUUCAAAGACCAGAAGAUCAUUGAUGUUGUGAAGCUGGAAACCUUAAUGCACUCUGAUAUUCCUAAAGAUCCAUCAAAUGUACCAAGUCACACCAUUGAAGUCAAGGCAUGAGAUUGAUGGCUUUGGUUGUGCCUUGAAGCAUAGUAGACAGUUGUAUCUGUUUUCAGAUCACUGUAUGUUGUUUUUAGCUAGUUUUAGAUCUAUUUCUCAUAAUUUGCUUGAUGCAAAAGUUUCCCUUAGCUAACACCUUUUCCUCCCCGAAAUAAUAACCAAUGUAUAAGAGUUUGAGGUUAAUUAAUGAUUUAAUUCCAUUAUCAUACCA